CCCAGGAGAGGCCAGGCCCAGCCUCCUCCACCCACCCACCCAGGUUGGCAGGGGUGGAAGAAGAAGUCAGCGCUUUGCCCAGUGUUCUGGAGGAGAAUGAGGAACUUCUUAAACACGUGCAAGGACUCAGGGCACAUUUGAAAACGUUUACAAAUGCCUCCCAUGUUGACUGAGCCAUCUGAGGAGAUUCGUGUCAGGAGUGUUCAGCUGGGAAAGGAAGGUAAAGAUGCAGCCGCCUCCCACCACUGAGGCAUCAGCCUGAGGGCCCUGCGCAUGCCAUUCUCCACUCUGGAAUAUGCUCGGACUUCCGAACAGCUCUCCUGAUUCCAGCCUGCAGGAGACUUCCUGCUUGCUCUCACUUUCCAGUGACCCUAAAUUGUCAGUGGCAAAGCCUCAUACUCCUGUCUGGGACCGGGCAGUUUAAAUCACUUGAUGAGUCACAGAUGCGCAUGGAAAAGGGCAGGUUCUCUGUCAACUUGGAUGUGAAGCACUUCUCCCCGGAGGAACUCAAGGUGAAGGUGCUGGGAGAUGUGACUGAGGUGCAUGGCAAGCAUGAGCAGUGCCAGGAUGAACAUGGUUUUAUCUCCAGGGAGUUCCACAGGAAAUACAGGAUCCCAACUGAUGUGGACCCUCUCACCAUUACUUCAUUCCUGUCAUCUGAUGGGGUCCUGACUGUGAAUGGACCAAGGAAACAGGUCUCUGGCCCUGAGCGCACCAUUCCCAUCAUUUGUGAAGAGAAGCCUGCUGUCACUGCAGCCCCUAAGAAGUAGACGCCCUUUCUCUAAUUGGAUUUGUAACAAGAGAGUUUCCUCACCAGUGAAUAAAAAUCUUGUGAUUAGUGCUGAAGUUUAUUAAUCCUAAGGGCAGGCCCAAAUUAUUAAGCUAAUAAACAUUAUUCAGCAACAACAACAACAACAAAAAAGACAGGACAACCAAACCCAAUGAGUAAACUUUGAUUACAUUUUAAUUUUAAAAAGAAAAAAGCUGCAAGGUCCUGAGUUCAAUCCCUGGUACCAGACAAAAAAAAAAAAGUGAUAAAAAGAUAAAAGCUAGAGAGAGCAUUAAGUGGAAACUUGGGGAAAGUGAAUAUGAGCAAUAAAACAAGGUUAAAAAUG